CACGACUCUCUAUUCACUCUUUGUUUGUUUGCCUGCAGGCUAAAUUUGCUCUCGAUAACAAGUAUAAAAGAACACCAUCUUCUCAUUCUUAUCAAAAAGAAUACUUACAGUUACAGAACUGCUGCGGAUGAUACAGAAGACUUGGGAAAAUAGGCAAGCAUUAGAAAAAAAUGCCAUGGGAAACUAUCACAGGAAACAAAAUGACAGGGUGUUUGGUUGAACACCAUUGUCUUUCUUGAAUUAUUUUGUGCAAAGUAGCAGGGAAAUCAGGCUUAGUAUAGGUAAAAAAUUAUUCCAUCUGGAGUCUUUAUACUAGCAUUCUAGAGUUUGACUGUGUGCUGCUUUUGUACACUGGCCACUAACAGAGAGGAUGAGUAAGUGUAAGAAAGAGCUGAGUGAGAGAGAGAAAGAACGGUUGCUCAUCCGCAGGGCCAGCGGAGCCAACGCCUCUCAGCUGGCUCAUAUGGAGAAGAUGCUACAAGAAACCAAAGGCCUGCUGGAGAAGAAGACAGAAACGGAUUCAGAAAGCAAAGCCUGUGGUGACACUAUGGUGUCUGAUCUGGAGCAGAAGGUCCAGCGCAGCAAGCGAGACCGUCGUAACUCCCUCCAUCGCACACAGCUGCUGGAGAGUCAGAUGAAGACGGUUCGCGGUGAGCUUGUGGGCACGCUGGACCACCUGGAGGAACUGCGCAACAUAUUGCGACGCUCACAGCAGAAAUCAGAAGAGCGAGAAGCAGCCAUGCAAAAACUUGCUGCAGGCCUGAGGUGAGGCAACAGCUGUCCACCUUCAGUUCAUGGGUUACCACAACUCUCAUCGUGAAGACUUGAGACACCACUGUUCAUCUGAAAUAUUUGUUUGACUGCACAUCCAGAAUGUCAUCAUUUUUCACAUUGGCUCACACAUUCCUGUGCAACCAGAUGCUGUUGUAAUAUCUCUGGUAAAUAAUUAAAGCAUGCCACAGUUAUUUAAAGGGCAUGUGUUUACCCUCCAAAGAUAGACAGUUUCUGAAGUGUGUGUCUGGUAGCAUCCUGUUUUUAUUUCCUGUUUUCACUGAAAUGCAACCUUAAACCACAAUUUACAAUUUAAGUAUAUAGACAUCCACUUAAUGCCCUGUUAACUUGUGAAAUAAAAUUCACACCCUGUCAUAUUUGACAUGUUGUGGUGCCAAUUUACCAUGUGUGUGAUGGCUUCAGGCAAGUGUUUUUUUUUUUUUUUUUUUUUUUUUUUUACAUCUUCACAGGAUUUGUUUUGUAAAACAAAACAGAUUGUGUACAAUGUCUUAGCUUUGAGUUGCUUUAUAUGUGGUAUAAGGAAAGUGUCAAAUGAGUCCAGCAUUUCUUGAUAUAUAUAGUCACCUAUAUUCAUAGCUGCUUUUGCCUUUUUAUUUUUUAUAAGGUUUAUUUCUGUGAACUUUUACAUGAUCUGCAAUAUUACAGUAGCCUACGUGCUUUUUCAACAUUAUUUUUAAUCACCAAUUCAGUAAUGUAGGUACACUUUAAAGAUUGUGUGUGUUUAUGAUUUUAUUCAUUAAAAUAUUGAUAUGUCC